CGCAACGGCACCUGCGCAAAGAAGUCGGUCUUCCUGUCCGUUUAACGGUGGUGGCGUAGCUUAGCAGGUAUUACUUGGGCAGCCGCAAGGGUGCAUCUUCACAGCUACUUCAGUAGAAAAUGUUACGGGUCAAGAAUGGGCUUCUGCAUCAUUGGCCCUUCCGUUGCAGGAAUGAAGUGGGUCCUCCUCUUCUCGGACACAGUCGGCGUUUGCUGCAUCAGCAGCUACUCCACCCUGAAUGGGCUGCAAUGGCUAAAAAGCAGCUGAAGGGCAAAAGCCCCGAAGAGUUGAUAUGGCACACUCCAGAGGGAAUCACCAUCAAACCACUGUAUUCUACACAUGAUACAGCAGGCUUUCCUGAAGAAUUACCUGGAGUAAAGCCCUUCACUCGAGGUCCUUAUCCUACCAUGUAUACCUACAGGCCUUGGACCAUCCGCCAAUAUGCUGGCUUCAGUACUGUGGAGGAAAGCAACAAGUUCUACAAAGAUAACAUCAAGGCUGGUCAGCAGGGUUUAUCCGUCGCAUUUGAUUUAGCGACUCAUCGUGGUUAUGACUCAGACAAUCCUCGAGUUCGGGGUGAUGUUGGAAUGGCUGGAGUUGCCAUUGACACAGUAGAAGAUACUAAGAUUCUUUUUGAUGGAAUUCCUUUGGAGAAAAUGUCUGUUUCUAUGACAAUGAAUGGGGCAGUAAUUCCUAUCCUAGCCACGUUCAUUGUUACUGGAGAAGAACAAGGAGUGCCUCAAUCCAAGCUGACAGGGACAAUACAAAAUGAUAUACUGAAGGAAUUCAUGGUUCGAAAUACAUAUAUUUUCCCACCAGAACCAUCAAUGCAAAUAAUUGCUGACAUCUUCCAAUACACAUCAAAGCACAUGCCCAAAUUUAAUUCUAUUUCCAUCAGUGGAUACCAUAUGCAGGAGGCUGGAGCUGAUGCCAUUUUGGAGUUGGCUUAUACUAUAGCUGAUGGCUUAGAGUACUGCAGAACUGGACUUAAAGCUGGUCUCACCAUUGAUGAAUUUGCACCAAGGCUCUCUUUCUUCUGGGGAAUUGGUAUGAACUUCUAUAUGGAAAUAGCUAAAUUAAGAGCUGGGAGACGGCUUUGGGCUCACUUAAUAGAGAAAAUGUUUCAGCCCAAGGAUACCAAAUCACUUCUCCUUCGAGCUCAUUGCCAGACUUCAGGAUGGUCACUAACUGAGCAGGAUCCUUACAAUAACAUUAUCCGCACCACAGUCGAAGCAAUGGCAGCUGUGUUUGGUGGUACCCAGUCCUUGCAUACAAAUUCAUUUGAUGAAGCUUUAGGACUGCCAACUGUGAAAAGUGCACGAAUUGCAAGGAAUACACAGAUAAUAAUACAGGAAGAAUCUGGCAUACCCAAAGUUGCUGAUCCAUGGGGUGGUUCAUUUCUUAUGGAAUCUCUUACCAAUGAUGUUUAUGAAGCUGCUUUAAAGCUCAUCAGUGAGAUUGAGGAGAUGGGUGGAAUGGCCAAAGCUGUAGCUGAAGGGAUACCAAAACUUCGUAUUGAAGAGUGUGCUGCUCGUAGACAAGCCAGGAUUGAUUCUGGUUCAGAAGUCAUUGUUGGAGUAAAUAAGUACCAGUUAGAAAAAGAAGAGGCUGUUGAAGUUUUGGCGAUUGAUAAUACUUCAGUCCGUAACAAACAGAUUGAGAAGCUGAUGAAGGUGAAAGCUUGCAGAGAUGAAGUAGCAGCCCAAAAGUGUCUCAGUGCCUUAACAGAAUGUGCAGCUACUGGCCAAGGUAACUUGCUGGCUCUGGCAGUAGAAGCAGCACGUGCAAGAUGUACAGUUGGUGAAAUAACAGAUGCAAUGAAAAAGGUGUUUGGUGAGCACAGAGCCAGUGAUCGCAUGGUGAGUGGCGCAUAUCGCCAGGAGUUUGGGGAGAGUGAUGAGAUUACUCAAGCCAUCAACAGAGUUCUCAGCUUUCUGGAACGGGAAGGUCGUAGGCCACGUCUUCUUGUUGCUAAAAUGGGCCAGGAUGGGCAUGAUAGAGGAGCCAAAGUAAUUGCUACAGGAUUUGCUGACCUUGGAUUUGAUGUAGAUAUAGGUCCAUUGUUCCAGACACCCCUCGAAGUGGCUCAGCAGGCUGUAGAUGCUGAUGUGCACUGUGUAGGUGUGAGCACAUUAGCUGCCGGUCACAAAACUCUUGUUCCUGAACUCAUCAAACAGUUAAAUGCCCUUGGCCGCCCAGAUAUUCUUGUCAUGUGUGGAGGUGUCAUCCCUCCUCAGGAUUAUGACCAACUGUACGAAUCUGGCGUUUCCAGUAUAUUUGGCCCAGGAACCCGAAUCCCUAAGGCAGCUGUCCAGGUUCUUGAUGAUAUUGAGAAAUGUCUGGAUAAGAGGCAGCAAUCUCUGUAAACCACUGUCACUUAAUAAUUCAUUCUGCACAUUGUAUACAUGUACAGAUUUAUCAUAUGAAUGUAGUAUGAUCAAUUGCACGAAGGAAAAUAAUCCAUUUAAAUCAGCUUCAAUGCCU